AUUUAUUCAUUUUCUCUCCCUUUCUCUUUCUUUUCUCUUCUCCUUCUCUCCCUGCUUCCCUCCUUCCCUCCCUCCUCCUUUCUCUCAAAUUUUCCCUUUUCCUCCACUAAAUUCCUUUCAUCUCGUGUAUUAUUAAAUUUUUCCUACACUUUUCCUCAUUUUUCAUCCAUUUUCCUCUCCUUUCCUUCUUUUCAUUAUAUUUUUUACUAAUUCCUCCUUCCUUUCACCUCCUUUCAUCACAUUUUGCUUUUCUCUCUCUCUCUCUCUCUCUCUCUCUCUCUCUCUCUCUCUCUCUCUCUCCAGGAUAUGGGUUUUUUCCAGCUAUUUUGGAGUCUAGCCACGUGGUCAGCAGUUUGGCUGUGUUGGGGGGAAGGGCAGGUGUGGGGCGCCUUCCCCCCUGGUCACCUGCCCCCAUCAGACCCCCGUCAACAGCACCACCCCUUCAGCAGAGGUCGUGGCCAGCGAGUCGUAAGAGUGAAGAGGAAGGCGGCAGAUUCAACACAGCUGUGGCCUGAUGCUGUGGUGCCUUAUGUGUUUCUGUCCCCCGAACCGCAGCGAGAGGUGGUGCUGGCGGGGCUAAGACACUGGGAGGAGAAGACCUGCCUGCGUUUUUUACCAGCCAACAACACGGAGCUGCCUCAUCUGCAGUUUAGAAGGCUGUCUGGGUGCCGGAGUGGUGUGGGCAUCGAGGGAGCGGCUGGCCAGAACAUUUCCAUUGGGAAUAACUGUAACAAGGUGGGCAUUGUGGUGCACGAGGUGGGCCAUGCUGUGGGGCUGUACCACGAAAUAAGGCGCCCGGACCGCGACACACACGUGAUGGUGAACGAGGCAAACAUUGUUCCCCACGAGAUGUAUAACUUCUACAAACUUCACUGGCUGGACGUCACAGUGGAGUACGACCUCUCUUCCGUCAUGCACUACCACACCCUUGAGUGGUCAGCGAAUGGACGUACGACAGUGGCCACGAGAGAUCCAAUGCUACAAGGGGUGCUGGGAGGCUGGAAACGUGCGUCGCCUCUUGGUCUCUCCCACCGUGACGCCUUCUUGGCUAAUCAUAUCUACGGGUGUCUUGACGAGUGGCUAGCGAGGUGUGGUCUCAAGAGGAACCCGUGUAGAAACGACGGCUAUCUGGGCCCCUCCUGCUCCUGCGUGUGUCCGCCAGGCACUGAGGGGCGCACCUGUGGCGUUGUGCGGGCCGGCUACUACAAGCACUUGGAGUCACCGUGCAGCCAAGAAGUGACCUAUCCCACCACCCUCACCUCUCCACACUACCCAGCAAACUACGACCCUGAUACGUGGUGUGUGUACCGAGUGGAGGCCCCGCAGUGCCAGACCCCUGAGGUGACAGUCCUGGACCUGCAGCUUGGCCCGAGAGACCACCGUGACCACUGCUAUACUGAUUACCUUGAAGUCCGCAAUGCUUCUCUCUAUGAUGGAUUUCUCGUGUGCGGCUCUGAGGUCACGCGAGGCACAGUUUGGCGGGCACAGACCAACACAUUAAUUCUCUACUUCCGAGGCGAGGUUGGCGGAUUUCGUGGGUUCCGUCUCUCUCUCGCCUUCAGGUCCACUCCAGGGUGUUGUCGCUCCCAUUCCAAUGACUCCUCCACCUUCUACCUCCACUCCCCCGGCUACCCUGCGCCCGCCACAGACCCCUUCACUUGCUCCUACUCCCUGCCUGCUGAGUCCCCAGCGAAGGUUGAGGUGACGGUCAAGGUUGUGUGGGGCAAGGAGGGGCGCCGCGCCACUGCCCCCGACCCUCACCUCCACCAACUUCUCCACCCACACCCAGCAUGCGCCCUCACCCUCUGCCAACCGCACGGCCUCUGCCACAGCUUUUGUUGGAUGGUGGAGGCGUUACGGAGGAGGAAGAGGAAGAGGAGGGAAGAAGAAGAGGAAGAGGAGGAAGAGGCAAAGGUUGUUCUCCCUAACGUGGGAUCCUUACACCUCCUCCAGUUCUCCCCGCCCCUCCCGGCCCCCCACCUGGCAGGGAGGGGGGCGGCGCUCCAAGUGGCCUUUACCCUCCUGGAGUCACCCUGUCAUGAGAGGCUGUUUGUGAACCGUUCUGACCCCCGGGGGUGGGUGGCGGUGGGCGCGCGGGCGCGGGAGGUGAUACAGUGUGAGUGGCUCAUCACGGCACCGAGAGGAACACACGUAAAGGUUAUUGUAGAACGCCUGAAUAUACCUGAAGAAGAAGAAGAAGAAGAAGAAGAAGAAGAAGAAGGAGAAGAAGAAGAAGGAGGAGGAGGAGUAGGAAGAUACAAGAAUACAGUUUAUGGAAGGAGAGAAGGAAGAAGAGGAGAAAGGAGUCAAAGUGAUGAAAAAGGAAGAGAGGAAGGAGGAAUAAGGAAUAACAAAGGCGAGAAUGAUAAAGAAGGAGAAGGACAAGGAAGAUGGAAAGACAAAAACACAGAUAACGAAGGAGAAAUAGAAGGAAAAGAAAGAAAAUACAAAGAACUUAACGAAGGAAGAGAGGAAACAGAACAAGAUGAAAAUGAAGAAGAAGAAAACGAAGAAGGAAGAAGAGAAACAGGAAAACAGAAGAAGAAAGAAGAAAGAAGAAGAAGAAGGAAAAAAAGACAAACCCAAGGAAGAGAAGAAGAGGAAGAAGGAAGAGGAGGAGGAAGAAGAAGAAGAAGGAGGAGGAGGAGGAGGAGGAGAAAACACACGAAGACACUCCAAAACACACCCGAUUCUUACUUGUGUGUCAAUGAAGCAGGAGAUGCAAACUUUCCUCCUUCCACCACCAAGGUAUUGCAAGGGAGGAGGAGGAGGAGGAGGAGGAGGAGGAGGAAUAGGAAGGAGCCUCUUGUGUUUAUCUCCCUCCAACACUCCCUGAGAAUUGUGUUCCAAGGGGCAGCCAACACCAGCCUUCGCCUCACCUACCAGUUGUAUGAGUGUGAUGACGACAAUUCGGAGUGCCAGUACUGGGCAGCAGAGGGCGAGUGUGGCACCAACCCUCGCUGGAUGGCACCGCACUGCAAGAAGGCGUGCCAGCAGUGUGACUUCAGCACCACCUGUGAGGAUCAGCACUCAGACUGUCCCUUCUGGUCCACUCAUAACCAGUGUGAAGAGAACAAGCUUUGGAUGGCGGUUCACUGCAGGCGUUCGUGUGGAUACUGUGACUCGUGCGGUGACAGCAAUCGUCGGUGCGGGAGCUGGGCAGAGGACGGGGAGUGUGAAGCCAACAGAGAGUACAUGAGGGUGUUCUGUCCGCUCUCCUGUGGCAUGUGUGAACUGACUAAUACCACCACCACUACUACCACAACCACCAACAGCACCCCCACCGCCCCUCCCACCACCACCACCACCACCACCACUCCAAGACCAGGCACAAGAAGAAGAGGAGGAAGCAAGAAGGGAGUGAAUCAAGUAUACGAGGACAAUGAAACAACGAGAGGCAUUGUAAGACACCCCAAGAUAAGGAAGAAUGGAAAAAGACUUGAGAAUCCUCGUUUUUUUAAGCCUGGAAGGACUAAUCUGAGGAAAAUAGGGCGUAGGGUAACAGAAAACCCUUUAUUUAUCACCCCUACGUCGCCUUUUGUCCUGAGAAAUGAGAGUAAAGGGUUCAAAUUAAAGAAGAUGAAGAAAAUAGGGGAGACUUAAGUAUUCUGGCCACGCGGGAGAAAACGGGGUAUCAAGACGGGAAGAGGAGGUGGAGGAAGAGGAAGAGAAGGAGGAGGAGGAGGAGGACAAGAAGAAGAUAAAAUAGAAGAGGAAGAAAUAAGAACCACACAAGAAGAAGAAGA